GUAAUUAAGUAACGACAUUGAAUGAACGUUAUUCAGUUAUUGUAAAAAAAUACGAAUAGUUGUAAUAUAAGUUAUUACUAUUAAUGAUAAUACGUUCUGAUGUGAUUUCGUCAUAAAUCACACGUUUGAAACAUACCUAAUUACAGUAUUAAGUCUGGUAUUCGUAAACCGAACGCUCAUCCAUGUUCUGCUUUGAUAAAAUGCUUUUUUUACAGACCCUGUCGGUAUUCGUGUUGUUUUUUAGCGCGUGUCGUGCUACACAAUCCAAAGGUGUAGUUUCGUUAGACUCGUUGACUUUCGACAAGGUCCUUUCAAAAUUUAAAGUAUCAAUCGUCAAAUUCGACGUGUCGUAUCCAUACGGCGAAAAACACGAAGAGUACGUAAAAUUAGGUUCUGCCUAUCAGUCGGUAGAAGAUUUGCUCGUGGCUGAAGUACCGGUGAAAGAUUAUGGAGAUAAAGACAAUGAAGAUUUGGCCAUCAGGUAUGGUGUAUCAAAAAAAGAUUACCCAGUCGUAAAACUGUUUGUGAACGGCCAGUCAGAGCCGUAUGUGUAUAACGAUGAAGAUUUCAAUCAGGAAAAGUUACAAAAGUUUGUUGUCAAACACAGCAAAGAAAUCUUGUACAUUGGACUUCCAGGUACAUUAGAGAAGUUUGAUGGCUUAGCAUCAGAAUUCGCCAGGGAAAAAUCAGUGGACAAACGCAAAGAAAUAUUGCUGAGAGCUGAGAAACUAUGGGACAUCAGUGAGGGUAAGCAAAAGCAAAAGUCAGCCGAGAUGUAUGUGAAGAGUAUGAGGAAAGCUUUGGAAAAGGGUGACGAGUUUUUCCAAACAGAAACUAUUCGUAUCAACAACGUGCUUAAGGGUUCAAUGACUCAAGAAAAGAAAGCAGACUUAAGUGUUCGUUUAAACAUUUUAGAGUCAUUCAAACUACAGCACGAUGAAUUGUAAACUUGUUUUGUUUGAUAUACUAUUUAUUUUAAAUGGGAUAUUUUUGGGGGUUGUGUUAUUUUUGUAAACUAUUUAUUUUUAAAAGUUCAAAUUUUUAUAAUCAUAUCAUUGGUCAAUGAUGAACAUAUCAAGAGAAGUGCGUUUAUUUUUUUUACAUGUUUUGUUCACAAUAUAAAGCACAAUACUCAUACUUUUUAUUAACAAGUUGUUUAUAAAGUUAAUAAAAAAUAAAAAAUUGUAUUUUAUAA